AUGUACCACAAACUUCCCAAAUUAAAUUUACCAACGUUCGGUGGGAAUAUGUUAGAAUGGCAACCCUUUUGGGAUUCGUUUAGCGCUGCCGUACACGAUAACCUGUCUUUAAACGAUGUGCAGAAAUUUAAUUACUUGAAAUCUCAACUGUUCGGAGAAGCCACCCAAUGCAUAGCAGGUCUACAAAUAACUAACACAAAUUACGGACAAGCAUUACAUGUACUGAAACAGAGAUUCGGUCAACCACAUAAGAUAGUACAAACAUACAUGCAGAGUUUAAUCAGCCUUCCUAGUCCAACGUCAAAUAUUACAAAUUUGAAAAAAUUCUACGACAGUAUGGAAAACUACAUCCGUGGCCUUGAAAGUAUAGGGGAGUCUCACGAGUCGUUCGGAAGCCUUUUAGUGCCCAUAAUAUUAAAUAAAUUACCUGGGAAUAUACGAGAAAACAUGGUACGUGCCCACGGAGGUGACCACUGGAACUUGCCGUCGUUACGGCAAGCUAUUCAACAUGAGAUAACGAUUAAGGAAGCGGGUCAGUCGGUAAACGGUGAUGAUAUGGAGCCAAAUUACACACCCACAUCAGCAUUCUUUAUGGGUACAAAUCGCAACUACGCAAAUCAGAAAGGGAAAAGAGACAUAACCAAGAAGCCGUGCAUCUUUUGUCAAGGAGUUCACGCCCCAUUAGCUUGUAAAACUGUUACGGAAAUUGAAGCUCGAAAACGCAUUGUUAAGGAGAAACAGGCAUGUUUCAAUUGCUUAGGAAAUCACAGAGUUGCAGAUUGCAAAUCCGAUAAAACUUGUAAAAAUUGUAAUAAACGACACCAUACCAGUAUUUGUUCAAAGAAUGAAUCACACCUGUAUACCAAGUCUAAAGAUAGCAGUACAUCAAAACCAGAUACCGAUGCCGCAGUCGCAAGUAUGCAUUCAUCCACAUCAUCAGUUAGAUCGCAGGUAUUGUUGAAAACCGCGAUAGCGCCUAUCACGUAUGACAAGACACAUUUUAACACCGCCAAUUUACUAUUCGACGAAGGAGCCCAGCGAAGCUUUAUCACUCAAGAGAUAGCCGAUUUAUUGAACCUGAGACCACAAAGGAAAGAAGCGAUAACGAUAUCCGGUUUCGGUGAAUCCAACAAGAAGGUUAGAAAUUUACAAAUUGCUACUAUAUAUAUAAAAGGUCUAACGAAUACGCUUAUCCCUAUUGAAGUUCUUAUAGUACCACAGAUUGCUUAUCCAAUACAUACUUACGCAAGGAACCAGUCGAGCUUUCAGCAUUUGAAUGGAUUGAAGUUAGCCCACCCAGCUUUACAGGACGAGGAUUUUGAGAUAUCAGUCUUAGUUGGCGCCGAUUAUUAUUGGGAUAUAGUUGGAAACAGAGUAAUUAGAGGUUCCGGACCAACCGCUGUACAGUCCAAAGUUGGAUACUUGCUAUCAGGACCUAUACAAUUGAACACUUACAGUAAUAAUCAAUCAACGUCAUCGAUUAUGAACAUUUUGAUCCCACACAGACUAGAAGAAUGUGAAAUACAUAAAUUUUGGGAAAUCGAAUCCAUAGGAACAGAAAUAGACAGCGAAGUGAAAGCGAAAACGGACUUACAAGAAAUGACCACUUACCAAGAGAAUAACAUUCAUUUGAAAGACAAUAGGUACAUCGCCAAGUUUCCAUGGAAACCAGAACAUCCGGAGUUGCCUUGCAACGAGAUGAUCGCCAGAAAGAGAGCAUACAACGUGAUAAACCGACUUGCUAAAGAACCAGAGAUGCUUAAGAUAUACGGUAACAUUAUCAACGACCAAGAAAAUCGAGGUUUUAUAGAGAAGGUUGAGACCCCGGAUGAGACUACUAAUCGAGUACACUAUAUUCCGCACCACCCAGUGAAAAAAGAUUCAUCGACUACACCGAUACGUAUAGUAUAUGAUUGCAGUUGUCGUCAAGAUUCAGAAUCACCCAGCUUAAAUGAUUGCCUUUCUUCUACACCGCCGCAGCUUAAUAAGCUAACAGAUAUACUUACAAGAUUCCGCUACGGUAAAUACGCCUUAACAACUGAUAUUGAGAAAGCAUUCCUCCAGAUUGGACUAGACGAAGAAGACCGCGAUUCAACCCGAUUUUUCUGGCUUAGAGACCCAAGCAACCCCAAGAGUGAACUUGAGACUUACAGAUUCAAGGUAAUUUUAUUCGGAGCGACAUGUUCGCCAUUUAUUCUUAACGCUACAUUAUUGAAACAUUUGUCAACGGUUACAAGUGCUACAGCUGAGAUACUCAAGCGAGAUUUGUAUGUAGACAACGUACUUACAAGUGUUAAUACGGAAGAAGCCGCCUUAAAUUUCUUUGAAGAAUCUAGAGAACUCAUGACAAAUGCAUGGAAAUACGUACCAACAGACUCAAAUCCAGCCGACCUUCAAACUAGAGGAAUAUCAUCAACGCAAUUCAAAGAAUCGACUUUGUGGAUGCAAGGACCGUCGUGGAUAUCGGAUGAGAACAGUUGGCCUACAUGGACCCCACAAGUUAAACAAGAGACUCUUUUGUUAACGACAACAGAUGACAGCAAAAAGACAAAACCGUGUAAAUUAAGUGGAAUUUCGAAAAUAAUUGAUCUAUCGAGAUUCUCGUCCUUAAAGAAGUUACUACGAGUUACAUGCUACGUGUUUAAAUUUGUGAAUAUAUGUAAAAGUAAGCGACCGUAUAACUUGAGGAAAUAUGCUAGACACGGAAAAGAUAUUACGAAAGAUGAAAUUGACCGCGCAACUCGUACAUGGAUUACAGAUAUUCAAAAUGAAAAAUUCAGUAAUGAAAAGCAGCAACUCGCAAACCCGUCACGUGACAAGAAUCUACCGUUAGUAAGACAACUGCGCUUGUUCAUAGAUACAGAAGGUGUCAUUCGAUGCGCCGGGCGCAUACACAAUUCACAGUUAGACGACUCCGCGAAGUUUCCAGUGUUACUACCGAAGAAAAAUCAAUUUACGGACUUAGUUAUAUUGAACGCGCACCUGCAGAUGUUACAUUCUGGUGCUGGACAGACAAUUACGCAAAUCCGCCAAUCAUAUUGGAUACCUUCCAUUAGACAAUGCGUUAACCACAUCGUACAGAAAUGUGUAAAGUGCCGAAAAGUGACCGGAAAAGCAUUUCCACAGCAAAUUUCGCCUCCGCUACCAAAGGAUAGAGUCACCCGUCCGAUAUGA